AUGACAGAUCAGAAGAAGAAUGACUUGGACAAUCUGGAACGGAAUAGUUCCGUCUCCGUUGGAACAGCAGCUGAGCUUCAGAAACGGUUCUCCUCUGCCAGCAUAUUUGCUGUGUGCGUGACACUCAUGGCGACAUGGGAAGCCAUGGGAGGGUCUUUUUCUGGAGGAUUGGUUGCUGGCGGACUAGUGGCUCUGCUGUAUGGUUAUGUUCUCGCUCUGGUGGGAACAGUGGCAAUGUGCCUAUCUCUUGCUGAGCUUGCCUCUCUCUGCCCGACAAGCGCUGGACAGAUCCACUGGGCUGCUAUACUGGCUCCUCCGCGGUACGCCGGCCUUUGCAGCUGGCUGACGGGUUGGAUCACGAUGCUCGGGUGGCAGGCAUUUACAGCCAGCGCGGCCUUCCUCGGGGCUACAAUGGUACAAGGGUGUGUAACCCUCCGAUACGAGAGCUAUCGCCCUGAAAGGUGGCAUGGGACAAUGAUCUACUGGGCGAUUCUGCUGCUUGCUUUCAUGGUCAACACAGUUGGUAUCAGAUUUCUGCCGCUGAUUGAGGGUGUAAUCUUGAUAAUCCACGUCAUAAGUUUCUUAGCCGUCCUUGUUGCACUGGUCAUUCUUGCUCCGCACAAAAAUGCCGAGUAUGUUUUCACCACAUUCGAGAACAAUUCAGGAUGGCAGAACGAUGGUGUAGCGUGGCUUAUCGGCCUGCUAAGUGCCGCCUACGUGCUUGUUGGAUAUGAUGGGGCUUGUCACCUAAGCGAAGAAAUCCACAAUGCAUCCGUUACUCUCCCGCGCGUCAUGAUUGGAACGAUCGCCCUGAACAGCAUGUUAGGCCUCGGCUUUUUGUUUGCUCUCCUGUUCUGCCUCGGGGAUACACAAAGUGUCCUCCACUCCACGACCGGAUUUCCAAUCAUCCAGAUCUUCUACAACACGACGGGCUCGCACGGAGCCACCGCGGCUCUUAUGUCCCCCUUCAUCUGUGUGGCUAUUGCCUCGACAUUCGGCCUGCUCGCAUCUACAUCAAGGACCACGUGGGCCUUUGCCAGAGACAAGGGUCUGCCAUUCUCGAAUUACCUUGCUUGCGUAAACGAGUCAACGGUUCUGCCCCUCCGCGCGAUAACAUCUAGCACCGCAUUCAUGGCGCUCCUUGGAUUCAUUAACAUCGGCAGCACGACCGCAUUCAACGCCAUUGUCUCCCUCUCCGUCGUCAGCCUGUACAUCUCCUAUCUAACGCCCAUUUUCCUACACAUAUUGCGCCGGAUUACGGGUCCGCCCCUGCAGUAUGGUCCGUUUGUGCUGGAAAAGGUUGGAGCUCUUCUGAACAUACUAAGUGUGGUGUAUAGCACGGUUGUUGUUAUUUUCUUGUUUUUUCCUCCGUAUCAACCGGUGACGGUCGAAAACAUGAACUAUGCUUGCGUGGUCUUUGGAGCUGUGCUUGUGUUCAGUGGAGGGCUCUGGGUCUUCAAAGGGAGAAAGGUUUAUGCGAGGGGUGAGGGGACAGGGGCGUAG